AUGGCUGGAGAAGUUCAAACAGUGUCGCGUAUGGACGAUGAUGAUUUGGAGAUUUCCAAUACUCUCACCAAUGAUUCCACAGAACCAAAAGAGGAAAAAGUCAAUAAGACGACGCCUACUGAAUCAGCAUCAGAGCUUUCUUCAGCAAGCACAGAACAAAUUAUUCAAGAAUCUCAAUCGAGGGAUGAGAAUGAAACUGAUGUCUUGGAUAAUGCUCAGCAUCAAGAUCAAGAUGAGAGGAACCACCAUCAGCCAGAAGAGGCAAUCAUCAUCAAAGAAGAAUCUUCAAAUUCCGACAAUAAUUCGGAACCGCUUCCAAUGACACCAACUACAGCACCACCGAACGUUGAGACUGUAACUUCCAUGGAUUCUUUGGACUUGUUCCCAGCAAGGCCUGAUUCCAACGCCGAACUCAUUGAUGCUACCAAAUUGUCCGAGACGGCGGUUGCUUAUUCUGCUGAUGAUGAUGAACCAGCAGUCGCCGAGGCGGUACCAGUCGAAGUAGGAAACGACCAAGAAGCAACAAGGCCAUCCUUUGCGGCCCGAGCGGGAGCUGCCGCAGCCACGGCUGCCAAUGGUCUUUCGACUGCCCUCUCCAACUUGUCCGCAUCAUCAUCACCAAGAGCCUCACCCACCGCAUCUCCCGCCAUCAAGAGUGAAAACGAAGAUGACCAUCAAGCAUCAUCAUCAUCAUCACCAUCCAACAUUAUGGAUAGACCAUCGCUUGUGGCUCGAGCUGCGGCAGCGGCCGCCGCGGCUGCCACAGCCACUGGAAUUGUACCCGUACUCUCCACCAACUUGUCGGGUACGCCUCGAACGUCACCCAGGACGUCACCAUCGAGAACCCCCGCCAGAACAUCACCAAUCUCGGUAGCUCGGACCUGGCCGGAUGAAAAUGUGGACGAUGAUUCCUUUUUUGAUAACGGAGAAGCUAUUCCUGGAAGUUUGCCAUCACCACCACGUUCUUCGGUUGGUACGGGUGGACUAGGAGCCAAGCCAUUUCCACCACUGCCUACCAGCAAUGAGACGGCGGCAACGACCAGGAGUCCGGUGGAUAUGGAUGCUUACAAUCCAAGUCCAUCCACCUCGCCAAUGGCGGCGCCCGAAAAUCCGAAUGCUAAUACAAAUACAACUAUGGAUAUUGAAGCACCGGGUUCAGCUGAUAAAAAUGACGGAGAGGCCCAAGUCUUGUCGGUAGUACCAACCAUGGUAGAAGACAACUACGAACCCAAGAAAGUUGACAUUGACGUGGACGAGAUCAAUAAUGGCCGAGAAGUACCACCACCCGAAGAUUCGGCGCACCAUUUGAAAGAAUCUGGCGAGGAUAAUGCCACCUCCCAACAUAGUUUGGCUGCGCUCAAGGCUGGCCUCAAGACCAAAAAGGGUAAAGGUAUUUUGCUCGCAUGCUUGUUAUUAUUGAUUGGAAUUGGUGUCGGUAUCGGUGUUUCCGUGGCACCCGAAGAAUCAAGCAACUGCGAUGCCGUACGAAAUGGAUACCCGAUUCCCGAUGAGAACCAGUACAAACAGCUCGAUCUAAAUUGGAUUGUGGAUGUGUCUACCACGGAACCAUGGGAAACCUCACUCUUGAAGGAAAUCAAAACUGAAUUUCAGUCGGUUCUAUUGCCCAUCAUGGCUGGAUGCAAGGAUUCCUUUGUGGACGAAGACGAUGCCCGAGUCGCCAAUGGAUAUGUCAUCAAUGCCCGAGACAUGGGAGAUUGUAGUGGCAGUCUUCCGCGCCCUUGUUUUAGCAUCUUGCUGGAUUUUAGCAUUUGGGUCAAGGGCGAUGAUUCCACAAACUCAAUGGAAAUGAUUCGAUACUUGACGAGUUCCUUUGGAACGACUUUAGCGGACCAAAUCGAAUCCCAGAGUAUCGUCCAAGUAGCGGAAUUGGUCCUCUUGGAAGAAGUAUAA